AUAAAUUCGUUAAUUUGAAUGAAUAAAGUCAAAUAAAAUGUCGGAUGCAAAUGAAUACCAUCAUCAGCACGGUCACCAUGAGGGUGACACAUGCCAAUGUCGUUCGGCCACUGUGACGGUUGGACAAACAUUGGAUGAAAUGGACUUUGAACGCGGCAUAUGGAGUGCAGCCAUCUACAAUGAUAUACAUCGAAUUAAAGAUUUCAUACAGAAAGGUGAUGUAGAUAGACGUGAUAAUGGUGGUUAUACUGCGCUACAUUAUGCCGCCCGUCAUGGACACAAUGAAAUUUGCCGCCUUCUUCUGGAUGCUAAUUGUAAUGUUAAUGCAAAAACAAAAGGCGGAGCUACUCCCCUUCACCGAGCGUCGAUGAUGGGUCACAAAAACAUUGUCGAUAUGCUGCUCAGAUCAAAUGCAAAAGUGGAUUUACAAGACGAGGAUGGGCAAACUGCACUUCAUAGAUCUGCUGCCAAAGGCUUAGUUGAAAUCUCAAAAAGUUUGAUUCGUAUGUCCAAUGAUUUGAAGUCGAUUCAAGAUAAGAAAGGUCGUAUCCCGUAUGAUUUAAUUCCAUCCGGCAACGAGGAGUUAAAACGGCUUUUGGCUAUUUGAUUUUCUCAAUUCUUUAAAACAUUUUGUAUUAGUAUACAGAGAUCAUAAGAUUAUAUUUGUAGUGCACAGAAGUAUUUUUGUAUUUAUACUCUUGAAAUGUUUCAUGUAAUUUGCAUUUGAAAUAAAUUUGAUUUUGAUUAAAA